CUGCACAAGGCAAGGUUCAGAACAAUGGAAACUUUGAAUAAAGCAAACACAAGCUUUGCUCUCGACUUUUUUAAACAUGAGUGUCAGGAAGAUGGUGAUAAGAACAUAUUGUUCUCCCCUUUGAGUAUUUCAUCUGCCCUGGCUACUGUUUAUUUGGGAGCCAAAGGUAACACUGCAGAUCAGAUGGCAAAGGUUCUUCACUUUAACAAAGCUGAAGAAGCCAAAAAUGUCACCACAACCAUAAAGAUGCGAGUCUAUUCCAGAACAGAAGAGAGUGUAUCAAAUCGAUGUGCCUGUUUCCAAAAGAGAGAAAUUGGCAAAUCUGAUAAUAUCCAUACUGGAUUUAAAGCACUCAACUCUGAAAUCAACCAACCCACUAAAAAUUAUCUUCUUAAAAGUGUCAACCAGUUAUAUGGAGAAAAAAAAUCGUCUUUCAGUAAGGAAUACUUACAAUUAGCUAAGAAAUAUUAUAAUGCAGAGCCACAAUCAGUUGACUUUGUGGGAGCAGCAGAGGAAAUCAGAAGAGAGAUCAACUCCAGGGUUGAACACCAGACUGAAGGUAAAAUCCAAAAUCUGCUGCCUCCUGGAUCUGUAGAUUCACUCACCAGACUGGUCCUGACAAAUGCACUCUACUUCAAAGGAAACUGGGCAACAAAGUUUGAAGCUGAAGCUACCAGGCAAAGGCCUUUCAGAAUGAACACGAAUACAACUAAACCAGUGCCAAUGAUGUACCUGAGCGAUAAAUUUAACUGGACCUAUGUAGAAUCAGUCCAGACCGACGUUCUUGAGCUUCCAUAUGUCAACAAUGACCUCAGCAUGUUUAUCCUGCUACCAAAAGACAUCACUGGCCUCAAAAAGCUAGAAAGAGAAUUGACUGUUGAAAACCUAUCUGCAUGGACCAACCCAGAACUGAUGGAGAAAAUUAAAGUGGAAGUUUAUCUGCCCAGGUUCACAUUAGAAGAGAAAUACAACCUGAAAUCUACUUUAAGCAGGAUGGGCAUACAAGAUGCUUUCAUUGAGGGUCAAGCUGAUUUCACAGGAAUGUCAGAGACUGGAGAAUUGUUUUUGUCACAAGUUUUUCACAAGUGUUACGUGGAAGUCAAUGAAGAAGGCACAGAGGCAGCAGCUGCCAGUUCAGCUACGCUGGCAUCAAGAAGUCUUGGUGCUGCUGUUAUUUUUGUGGCAGAUCACCCUUUCCUCUUCUUUAUCAGGCACAACAAGACCAAGAGCAUCCUCUUCUUGGGGAGGUUCUCUUCCCCCUAGAAACUUGACUAUUGCUAAACAGGUUCUUGUAACAAUAAUAAUGAACAAAAUACACACCACAAAGAGAAUCUCUGUAGUCUGUGCAGUUCUUAAUUUUUCUAUACUGCUGACAAACCUCUCAAUGUUAGAAGAGAGCACAUACUAAAAACAACCUGGGAGUCAUGCUUCUGGGUCAUCUUCCUGGCCAAAGAACCCCAGAAUGUCAAAACUACACUCUAAGUACCAAACUGUGCACAGAACAACACGUAUGCCUCUUUUCAGUGCUUUCUGAACCUGAGCUUUCACAGCAAAGAACAGAUUAAGCUGAUUUAAACAGUAAGUCCCAACACACUUGCUUUGGUACAUACAAAGAAAAGAAACAGGAAAAACUCCUUCCUGCAGAAUGUUGCUGUAUCUCCUUUGGAUUCAGCUAGCUAAGCUGCUUAUCUCAGCACGGCUACCUCAC